GAGGGGGCAGGUACCAGCCAGGCGCGGCAGAGCCUCCGCCCCGCCCCCAGUGUAGCGCCACAUGAGCAGCGCCGUGCGCAGGCCCCGGCUGGGCGCCCGGAGCCAGCGCAGUGGGUGGGCGAGGGGGGCUGGGCGCGGCUGAAGGCUCUGCCCGGGGUGGCAGGUGUUUCUCUGUUGUCGGUAGAGGCGUCCCGAGAGAAUGGCCGGGAGGAGCCAGCCCCCAGCCGGAGCCUUGCUCGCGGCGGGCAGCAGCCGCGCCUACCCGUUCGGAAACGGUCUCCAGGCGGACAGCGAGGCGCAGGAGGAGGACGGGGAAGUGUCCGAGCUGCGCCCCAGAGGGAGGGAGAAGGUCCGACGAAGUACCUCGCGGGACCGGCUGGAUGAUAUUGUGCUGCUAACGAAGGACAUCCAGGCAGGCGAGACUCUAAACGCGAUAGCGCUGCAGUAUUGUUGCUCGGUUGCAGACAUCAAGAGGGUUAAUAAUCUUAUCACUGACCAGGAUUUUUUUGCGCUGAGAUCUAUCAAAAUUCCAGUGAAGAAGUUCAGUGUAUUGACUGAAACGCAUUGCUCUCCAAAAGGCAAGCAAGUUUCAAGACCUUUAUCGUCUACUCAGUUUUCCCCAGAAUUCCAAGAAACAUCCCCAGCGUCUGAUUCAUUUUCCUGUAAUGAGACUGUUGGCAACUUCUUGAAAGAAGUGGAUCGCGAUAUAGAACAAAUAGUAAAGUGCAAUGAUACGAAAAGAGAGAAUCUUAAUGAAGUUGUUUCUGCCUUAUCCACACAGCAGAUAAGCUUUGAACCUGAUGCUAAAACCAAAAAGCGGAAAGAUCCCUAUUACGGAGCAGACUGGGGCAUAGGAUGGUGGACAGCAGUGGUGAUAAUGUUGGUGAUUGGCAUAAUAACUCCAGUUUUUUAUCUUUUAUAUUAUGAGGUUUUAGUGAAAGUGGACGUUAGUCACCAUUCUACAAUGGAAUCUGCCCACUCACUAGUCACAGCACCAUCACAACAAAAACAAAUGGUAAAUCCAGCAAACAUCAUGAAUGUUGAGAGUGAGGAGGAGCUUCAGCAUUACAAUGGAAAGUCCCAGGAGACUGUUGUUUAUACACAUAUAUAACAUAACUUUCACAUGAAGAGAGAAACAGUAUAGAAUGCAAAAUGCAUCUGGAAUGCAAAGAAUAGAUAUUACUGAUGUAUACAUUCCUUCUUUUUGGGCACUAUUAAAGUACAAGGAUGCUUUGCUUCCUUUAUUUUAAUAGUUGUGGGAACCUGCCAUAUUUACAUAGGAGAUAAUCCUGUGGGUCACCUAAACUGUCAAGCAUGUUGACAGAUGACAUUACCAGGUUUAAUGUGAGACUGUCAUGGAAUAAAUGUGUAUGUAUGUAAACAGGUAUUUUUGAAGGCUUUGCACUUUUUUCUAUUUAAAUAUAACCUGUUUUGUUUUGUUUUUUUAAUUAACGAUUGCUGUUAAGAUGCAGUUCUGACAAACAUGAGAUAAAUGAGUACAAUUGACUAUAAUUUGCUAUCUGAAUGCAUCUGCUUCAGCAUGUUUAAUUUUAAAAAUAAAUAUUGUUUCAUGCUUUAUUUAUAAUAUAUUUAAUGGUACAUGCUACAUGGGCUAUCUUAAUAUCCCAGUUUAUGGCUGUCAACUGAAGAGAUCUACUUCCCACUUCAUAAUGUAUACCACUGAAUAUAUAUUUAGUGUAUGGCUGGUGUAAAUUCUGUGUGUAAAACCUUUUCCAUAUAUAAAGUUCAAACCACUUUUUUCCUUAGAUCAGUGUGAAACUUUCUGAAAGGAAAAUGAAUGUUGGGCUGAGAACUACUGUUGACUGACUAGAAAGAUGUAUCAAAUUAAGCUUAGUAGACUGAUAGGGCACUGCUUAUGUUGGACUUUUUGCCCUAUAACUACUGCAUUAUGUAAUAGACAUCAAGUGGUGAGAUUGCAAAGACAUUUAAUAGAAGUUUGUGAGCUUUUCACAAUCAGUGCACAACCAAACAGUUUAUUAAAUUCCUCCUUUGAGUAUAAGGAAACUUACUUUACUACAAGUAAGGCCCAGUAUUCAGACUGGGUCUCAUUUUCUGCUGCAAUCCAGUCAAUAGGUUCAUAAGCCCUCUUUUUUAAAUGUACUUCAGAAGCUUGCUUGAGGUCACUUUGUGUAUAAGUGAGCUAUGCUCUGAUGCCUAAACACAAUCCAGUUGUUGAGACGGGAGUUCUUGUCCUGUGUAAUAAUUAGCUGCUCACAUUUGAAUAACUAGAAAUUUGGCUAAAUAACAUGCCUUUUUCUGUUCAACUACUUGUAUGGGAAAACAAUCCAAGGGAUGUAGCAUUUCCUUCCAGGGCUCCUUACCUUUUUUGUAUUAUUAAGGAAAUACUCUUCUAAUUACAUUAUACAGUGCAGAAAACUGGUUUUCCUCGGUUGAAACAGCUGGUGUUUUCAGGUAUCUGAGUGGAUGCAUAUGGUAAUAUAUAGGAGGGCUUCAGAAGCACCACUCUUUUUCGACCCACUCUCACAACACUUCAGAGGGAAACCCUGUGGAACCUAAAAGAGAAAUUUGGCCUGCGGUGAUGAUGCAGCUGCUGGCAGUGCCUUACUGCCCGCAUGAUCCUUGUCAGUCUCUUGUGCUCUUAAAUUUCUUCCCCUGAAGAAGGCUAGUCUCUGCAUUUAAGCAGUCACAUAAAUUUUUCCUAAGAAAUAUACAGCUAGAGAAGAGGAAAAUUAGUUUUCAACUUCCUAAUUUUUGUUUAAAGAGGAAAGGGAAGGUAGUUAUGUAUUCCUUUAUAGGGAUUUAUUAAAAUAUGAAUUAAGAUAGUGCCUAUAACUUACACUAAAUCUCAUUGUAUUUGCCCCCUGAAGCAAAGUUAUCACUGUUAUCCUCCACUCACAAUUACUUUACCAUGUGAGUAAAUGGAUAGGCUUUGGCAGCAAAAGAGACUUGAGUGAAAAAUACUUCUCUUCGAUGUUAUAUUUUGUAUUUAAAAAGCAUCUUGUCCAAGUGUACAGUAUAAACAAGUGAUUCUGAGAAAUGGACAUACCUUUUAAAAGAUGCAGUACUUAAAAAACUUUAUUUAGAAAUUCUGAUGUCUUACAGAUUUUAAGGAGGGCAAAUGCAGUUUGUUAAAUGAGGCAAACAUGGUUAACUGGCUGUGUUUUUAUUUAAAAAUUGUAAAACUUGACAAUACAAAAAUUGCAUUUUAAGGCUGAAGUUGUCUAAAAUUUGGUGGCAGGUGGAAGUACACUUUGAUCCUGUGAAUUUUUAUUUUGGAGCUAUUCUGAAUUGUUUGAUAAAGUGGCUGCGCUCAGAAGAAUUUGAUGCAAAAUUUCUUCCAGAGAAGACCAAACUAGCCAUACAAGUAGGAAUUAUUUAACAUUUGUUUUGUUUUAGAAAUGGUUUUAAAAUCUUUUGUUACAAACAUAAUAGGUCAAACAUUAAACAGUUGAAGUUUAGAAACAGUUGAUUGCUUUAAUCUAGGAUUUCAACAUUACUUUGAAGGUGCCUUAAUAGAAAUCAUAUCUAUGUAGGAACUCUUUAAGCAUAGAAUACAAUUCUGUGCUCUGAGCAAACUUAGGUUUGCUCCUUUUGCUUGCCUUAACUAACCUCUUGCCCCUAUGGCAAUGAUUAAUUUUGGAAUUACAAAAUGUUAAUGCUUUAUGAUGCCAGAUUGGUCCUUUCAUCACAAUAAAAAACUCAAGAGAAUUAUUAACAAGCUGAAAACAUGAAAUUAGGUUGUUUGGGAUUUUCAGAAGAUACACUGCAUACGAGUUAUUUUCAGUAAGUGUGACUCAUUGCAUACACAUGAGCAGACAAAAGAAAAUGUUAAAUUGCUAAUAUUUUGGUAAUAGAUUGUAAUCAGAUUUGGUCAUAUCUUGAAUUAGAAUAUGAACGGGUUCUAUACUGUUAAAAUACAAGAAAAGAGACAUUGCUCUGGCAUUAUAUACUAAGAGCCUUUGUUUUGCUACAUCUCUCACAAGUCAAAUUUGUGUUUUUUAAGGUCUGAGAAGACUUGUGACUUAUUGUCAAUGAGUUCUUCCUUAAAAAAUGUGUACUGCAGCAAAGGUAUAAACCUUAUCUUUUAAAGUAGUUUUUGAAAAAAUACUUGUUUUGAACAACAUUCAAUUAGCUUAUAUAACAUUUUUAAGAGCAGAAAGUUAAUUUUAUCAGAGUCUACCAUAGGUUUCCCUUGAAUAUAGGACUCCUGUUUAGUACUAAAGGGAGUUGCUUGCAUGAAUUUCAAUUUGCUUCUUUGUGGGUAGCCUUGUUCUGUUGCAAUUGUACUGUCUUUUCCAAACUAUGACAGAUACUGCAGUAUCAGUUAUUUACCUGUAGCAGUAAACUAGCUGAUUGCGCUUUGUGAUACAGAUUUACACUUAAUAGUUAGUAGUGAAGUGGUAAAGCCAGACUCCUGUCACAACUGUUUCAACAGUGAAGUUGGAAUUGUAAAGAAAUUUACUACAUGGUGCAUUCAAGUGAAGAAUCAUGCUUUAAAUUAAAUAUAAAACAUGAUUUGCUCAGGAAGUCAAUUUUUAUCUAAGUGCAUAUUGCACUGUUGGCACAUAUGUAAAUGUUUUAUUUAAAUCUGAUAUAUUUUUGGAGUACACUACCACAAAUGGUCUUUGUAUAACAAAGUAUUUUAUACAGGAUCAAAAUGUAAUUAGAUGUGAAAUAAUGCAGUGCUGAAGAUGUAAGCCUCUUAUUAAACCUUUUGUUCCUUUUACUUGCUUCAUAGUUUUGGGAGAGCUCCGAGCAUUCUAAUAAAAUACUUUUGUGUGCAGCGAAA